AUGGCAACCAGCACUUUCUCUACCAGGAGGCAGGAGAACAUCAAUCGCAACAAAGCACUGCUGGAAGAGCUCGGGGCUGUAGCGCAGGCGCAGGCCAUCCGACAGUCGGCGACAGCAGCAGCAAGGUCCAGUGGUGCUGAGCAAGGAAGAAUUGCAAAGAAGCCUCGCAUAGCGAAGCCACGAGUAGAUGCCGUACCCACGAGGACUUCUGCUCGCUUGGCAGCAGCGCCGACAAGACCGAUCUAUAACGAUGAUGGCGCUGGCCUAGUUGAGGGCUCCGUGUCAUCUCUUAACAAGAAGGGGAAGUCCUCGAAGAUGAAGAGAAAACCAGCGGGCGCCCUGGUUACAGCAGAAAGGGCGGAAUUGGAUGAGAGCAGCAGACCCGAGCCUGAUGUUGACCUCGAAGAGCUUCGCGCAUCCUGGUCCUCUUGGACCCCGACCGAGCCUGCUCCCAUUCGUGAUGAAAGCGGCGUUUUCCACUUCGAGUCCCACCCAGACUUCACCCCCAACAAGUCACCCGCUGAGGUGCUUCGCGAAGGUGCCUUCGGCGGCUCCUACUUCCGGCCCUUACGGUCCAAGAAGCUGGGCAUCACAGUUUACGACGAUUAUCUUGAACUCCCCCCGUCAUGGACCGAAGGCCUCAACAUACCCUAUUAUCUCACUUCGCCAACAUACGACCCCGAAGCGAACAAGUUCAAAGUAGCCUGCGGGCAGAGCAUAGAAGAGUGGGAGGCGAACGGAUGGAUCAAUCACCAGUUUGACGUCAGGGGCUGGUUCCAGUGGUACUGUCGCUUCUUUGCAGGUCAGCCGCUGGAAGAAAUGCGUAGGAUCUACGGGAAGGUGGCGGCGGAUGCUGUUGAAGAAGUAUGUGGCGUCAGACGUCAGAACAGUAUGGGACGACGGGGAGGAUGA